UCCUUAUAAAUUUGCUAUUUAAGUUUCAUUCAAGGCAGGUCGGAGAUGUGAAAGGAAAAACAAUACACUCAAAGUUUGAUUAACUCCUACAGAACAUUUUAAGGAUUUACUAUAGUAUCUAAUUUGACAUACCACAAUGUUUCCAAACAGAAGAUAUAGAAUUUUGCUAAUGAUUUUUGGAACUUGUUGUUUUGGUGGUCUAUAUGGUCAACCUCUUACUCAAAGUAGUGGAAAAGAAAAGAGUUUUUCGGACAAUAAUCCAGAGACCGCUCAUUUGUAUGAGGAGAUCAGAAAACAGUCGAUUCAACUCCUAAAUGCAGAACAUAAAGUCUCCAUCAUCUCUUCGGAAAUGAUGGGCAUCUACAAAAAAGACGUAACAGAUUUGAUGAAAAAAUUUACUGAAUUAUCCGAGGAUGCUGAAGUCAUUUCACAAAAUUUGACUGAAUAUGGAAGAAUUGUCGACAAAGCGGAUAGUUCUCUUGGAGACUUUUAUAAAACAUUGAAUGUGUUGUCUAGAAAUGCCUCAGAGUUGUUGAUACAAUCUGAAAAUCAGCAGAGGAAGGACAACUUUUUAGAUGAGGAAAUCAGGGGUUUGGAGAAUCAAGCAAUGAAGGCUAAAAACGAAUCGCAAAAUCUGCAAAUACGCUUUGAAAGCAUGAAAAGAUAUCCAGUUGGCUUCACCGUGUAUCUAGGACAAGAUGCUAACUACACCGACAAGAGCAGGCUAAAUUUCGCUGAAGUAAUAUCUAAUAUUGGAGGGCACUUCAACAGAGAGGAUGACGAGUUUAACUGUCCUACUUCCGGCAUGUACUUGUUCUCUGCUACAAUAUGCUCCCAGAUAGCUAGUCGCGCUCAUGCCUCUAUUGUACUUAAUACGAAUACUGUUUUAUCGCGUUUGAUUGCAGAGGAUAAAAAUACACAUGAUUGUGGUAGCAUGGACGUUGUCUCAGAAAUUCGUGUUGGAGACAAAAUUUGGAUGAGGUCAGAGAACUUUUCCAUGUUUGAUACCCAGACCUACUUUUCUGGAGUUCUGAUUAUGAAAACAAUAGUAUAAUGGACUUUUAAGUUGUGUAGCAAUUUGUUCUGGUCCCGUUAUAAGUUUCUUUGAAUUGACCAUUCUCUUUGACGUCACUUCGACAGCCUUUCAUUGAAUUUCCUAGCGGGACGACUACAUGCCGUUGAAGAGCUGCACAUUUAAGAACAUUCGCAACCUUGCAUACUGAUAAUUUUCAUCCUGACGUCACUUCGACAGCCUUUCAUUGAAUUUCCUAGCGGGACGACUACAUGCCGUUGAAGAGCUGCACAUUUAAGAACAUUCGCAACCUUGCAUAUUGAUAAUUUUCAUCCCCCCGUAAACGAAGUUUCGGGGGUAUAUUGUUUUUGUCAUGUCCGUCCGUCUGUCUCUCUGUCUGUCUGUCCGCAAAAACUUUAACCUUGCCCAUGACUUUUGAUUUAUUUGAGCUAUGACUUUCAUAUUUCACAUGUGUAUUCCUUGUGACAAAACCUUUCUUUGAGUACCACCAACUUUGACCUUUUGACUUUGGAAUUUGACCAACUUUUACACAAAAAUUCUUAACUUUUAAUUUGGCCAUAUAUUUUGAACAGUAGAUACCAGGACUUUUAUACUUUUUCAUAUAUAUAUUUUCUUGGAAAGACCUUUUUUUGGAUACCAACAACUUUGACCUUUUGACCUUGGAGAUUUUCGUUCUUAUAAAGAAACUUUAACCUUGGUCAUAACUUUUGAACGGUAAGGGCUAGGGCUUUCAUACUUCACACAGUAUGUAAUUCUUGUGAGAAAAUGCUUUAUCGAAUACCAAGAACUUUGACCCUUUGACCUUCACUUUGGAGAUUGACCUACUUGUAAAAUACAAUCUUGACCAUAAUUUCUGAAGGAAUAGGACUAGGGCUUUCAUACUUCACAUAUUUUAAUUUUUGUGACAAGACCUUUCAUUUGAUAUCAAGAACCUUGAUCCCUUGACCUUGGAGUUUGACCAACUUUUACACAAAAAUUCUUAACUUUUACUUUGGUCAUAUCUUUUGAACAGUACAUACCAGGAGUUUUAUAUUUCCUAUAUGUAUUCUUUGUUAAAAGACCUUUCAUUUGAACUUGAUCUUGGAGAUUUCCAUACUUAUGAAAACCUAUAACAUUAACCAUAAGCUAUGAAGAGUAAGGGCUAGGAAUUUCAUACUUCACAUAUGUAAUCCUUGUGACAAGACCUUUUAUUUGAUAUCAAGAACCUUGACCCUUUAACUUUGGAGUUUGACCUACUUUUAAAAUACAACCUUGACCAUAAUUUUUGAAGGGUUAGAGCCAGGGCUUUCAUACUUCGCAUAUUAAAUUUUGUGACACGACCUUUCAUUUAAUAUCAAGAACAUUGACCCUUUGAUCUUGACCUUGGAGUUUGACCCAAUUUUACACUAACAAUCUAAACUUUUAUUUUGGCCCUUAUUUUUAAACGGUAAUUACAAAGAAUUUUUUAUUUCAAAUU